GUCUAGCAAACAUCUAUCCUACAUUUCAAGGUUAUAGCUAUUCCUGUUCCUCCGAAAAUUCUUUUGCCGCCCAAGAAUGCGUUUCCAAGUUAUUAUUUAUUACCUUCGGUUGGAUAAUUGGCAUAUUAUUCCUCAUAUCAUCAUUCUUGUCCUAUAAAUUAUGGUCUGAACGCCGUGAAAUGUAUGAUGGUGAAUGGAGAGUCGAAGCUCUUGGUGAAGUAGUAUACAAAUAUAAUCCAAAACCAAAUGUUGUUGAAAAAGUUAAUGAACCAGAACAAGUUAUGAUUUAUAAAACUACUGCUAAAAACGAUAAAGUGAGGGGUGCGCCGAACCUUUAUGUUCAAUCGGCUACUCCUAGAGGCUCUAGCUCCGAUUAA